AAUUCACGCGUCGGGGGAUGACGGAAGUGGCCAGAUAUUACUCGGAUGAGAGCGCAUUCCACAAAUCCCAAUAUGAGCAGUACAAUAGUAUAGCUGCCGCCUUGAUUAUGCAAGUUCACUCCAGUAAUAACGAUGACUCGACCAUCGACUGUCACUACUUGCGUGUAGAUGAAGCCAAAGAGGCCCUCGAUUUGUUCAUCGACACGCAUAUUGAAAACAUGAAGGAAGACCUUGGUCGAGAUAUUCGGGCUCCAAAAUCCCGUAGGCUAUUCUUUAUAACUGGUCGGGGCUUGCAUAGUUGAGGCUUGCCUAAAAUUAAGCCCGCAAUUAUAAGACGUUUAGAGAAACGCGGAUUACGGAUCGCGGAGAAGUGAAAUGGGCAUUAUUACUUAAGGCCGAGAAGGUGGAUAUGUCCAUUACCAAGAGUUAUCGCGAAGAAGCCGCAAAACAUUUUACGCGCAGUAAUUUGAGUUAUCAGAAGGCGGAGCAAUUCACGCGUUGCGGGAUGACGGAAGUGGCCAGAUAUUACUCAGAUGAGAGUGCAUUCCACAAAUCACAAUAUGAGCAGUACAAUAGAAUAGCUGCCGCCUUGAUUAUGCAAGUCCACUCCAGUAACAACGAUGACUCGACCAUCGACUUCCACUACUUGUAUGUCGAUGAAGCCAAAGAGACCCUCGAUUUAUUCAUCGACACGCAUAUUCAAAACAUGAAGGAGGGCCUUGGUCGAGAUAUUCGGGCCUCAAAAUCCCGUAGGCUCUUUUUUAUUACUGGUCGGGGCUUGCAUAGUCGAGGCUUGCCUAAAAUUAAACCCGCAAUUAUAAGGCGUUUAGAGGAACGCGGAUUACGGAGUUAUCAGAAGGCGGAGCAAUUCACGCGUCGCGGGAUGACGGAAGUGGCCAGAUAUUACUCGGAUGAGAGUGCAUUCCACAAAUCCCAAUAUGAGCAGUAUAAUAGUAUAGCUGCCGCCUUGAUUAUGCAAGUCCACUCCAGUAACAACGAUGACUCGACCAUCGACUUCCACUACUUGCGUGUCGAUGAAGCCAAAGAGGCCCUCGAUUUAUUCAUCGACACGCAUAUUCAAAACAUGAAGGAAGACCUUGGUCGAGAUAUUCGGGCCUCAAAAUCUCGUCGACUUUUUUUUAUUACUGGUCGGGGCUUGCAUAGUCGAGGCUGGCCUAAAAUUAAGCCCGCAAUUAUAAGGCGUUUAGAGGAACGCGAAUUACAGUAAGUACCUAUUGUUAUUUAAUAUUUCAAGCUACAGCGAAAAUGUGUUUGCUAUUCCAUUUGUAUUUAUAUUCAUUUAUUUAGGCAUGUGCCUAAUUUACCAAAUAUCUGAAACAAAAUUUUAGUAUUUCUUAAAAUUAAUC